GCACGGUAUUGACUGCGAGUAAGACGUGGUUUCAGUUUAAUCAGACAUUAGGGUUAAUCAGGUGCUUUAUAAAAUACUUCGGCUACCCUUUGUGACGGAGACGUGGUCCUCUGUAAACCACCCAGAUUGGCGUCAUCGUGUUCACGACAGUGUGGAUGGAGAAACCUCUAGACCUGAGUCAUCGUGAGGACGAAACAGAAGGGGACAAUAUGGAGGACUUCCCAAGCCGUGACGACCCUAUAUGCCAAGUAGAGAAUUGUAACUGCCCCCUAAAACAUAUCAUACAACUGGACAGCCAAAGACGAUCGUCUCCUAAAAGUAGUUCGGAAAAUGACCAACAACAGCAGACGAUGGACAAUAGACAAUAUCCUUUCUACAAUAACUUCAUCACUUCAAGUCAGUUCAGCCAGCGCUCCGUUACCUCGUCCGAAUAUUUCAACCCCAAGCGUCGACGUGUGAAUAUGUAUAAUGAAGAAACGGGACAAUGUUCUGUCGGUAAUCGCGCAGCAACCGCUCCAGAUAACAACGUCACUUCCUGUAACGGAAGCAGGUACGACCAAUCAAAUAGUCCGUAUUAUUGCGCGUAUAACCAACAAAUCGUGGACUGUGAUAUAAACAACGGUAAAACUGGUUACCAUGAAAAUAAAACCGCGUUAGAUUCGAGAGUGUCGUCUAUAGGUGGCGCUUCUACUGCAUCAAACGGCGGGCAACAUUUAGACUUUGAGCCAUGUCAGCGAGCGCGAAGCAAAAGUGCUACGCUAAUGCCCAUGCUGCCAAAGAAGAGGGGUAUAAAACGAUAUUCUCCUGAUCCAAACCAGGAACAGGCUGCUUCUUCGCGACACGGCACUGAAAUCAACAGAAAAUCACGACAGGCAACUUCGUCCAUGAAGUCGAAGACGGACUCUCUCCUUCUUCCGGCGGCAAGGUUGUCACCUUCCCCCACAUCAACGAUCUCCUGUCCUCCAAUUGUCCCAGCAAAGCCCCCAAAGUAUGACGCAAAGUCCAUCAAGGCGGACAUGAUUCGUGAGAUUGAUAGUCAGAAAGAGGACGAUGAAGAUGUUGAGACGUUCAGGAAGAAACUCUUCGACUCCUUCAUGAAAAAGAAAGACCUGUCAAAAGCCGAAGAUGAAAAUAAGACGCCACCUGUUGUGGAAAAGAAACAAGAUGAAGUUACUCAUGCUAAUCCAAUGACAUCACUUGACUAUCUGAUAUCAAAAACAUUGAUGGAGAGUGAAGAUAAGCCUUUUAAGGCACGAAAUAAUCACAUUCACGAGAUUAUACGAGGCGAAAAGAGGGGCCGACUUUGUCUGAUGGACCUGGUGGAGCUCCAGGUCGAAAUGGGUCUAGCAUAAUAUCAUUAGGUUUAAAUGUGCAGAGUGUGAAUGUGUAGACUCGAUUGUUAUUUAUUGUAGAAUCACAUGCAUAAGAUAGCGUCAUAGUUGAAUAGUGUCUGUGUCUAUAACAGUAGUAAGCGUUUCAUUAUUUGUGAUAAGAUCACUACAUCACCCUUCAUAAACACGAUGUUGUAAGUACUGGAAGGCGGUUAUAUCAGGCGUCAAGUUAGCGUCAAAUUGUAACUAAAUGUCAUGCGUCAAAUAAGCGCGGCAUGUCAGGUGUCAAGUUAUCGUUAGGUUAGGACUGCAUGUCAGGUGUCAAGUUAUCGUUAGGUUAGGACAGCAUGUCAGGUGUCAAGUUAUCGUUAGCAUGUCAAGUUGGCGUCAAGUUACUACUUCAUGUCAGGCGUCAAUUUAGGACUGUAUGUCAGGCGUCAAUAUAGGACUAAUCUUAGGCGUCAAGAUAGUGCUACACGUUAGGCGUCCAUUUAGGAUUACAUGUCAAGCGUCAAUAUAGGAUUAUAUCUCAGUCGUCAAUUUUACAAUUUCUUAAAGAAAUAUUUGUUAAAUGUGGUUGUUUUUAAUGAAAGUGUAUGUGUGGAUAAGAUAUAUCCUAUUACUGUUAUGUAUGUACAAUGCAAGUCACUUUGAACAGCUUGCAAAUAUUAUUGACUUCAAAUUCUGUUAUUGUGACACAAUUUCAGAUUCUUUACGAUCAAAUUUAUGUGAUGUUAUGAUUGUAUCUUUAAGCUCUCUGAUUAUUGAUUCUCAGAUAUAACUAUCAAAAGUAAAAAAUGUGUACCGUGUCUUUCCACUGUGUCGUAAACAUUGGCACAGAAAGUUGAAAAGUUAAUAAAUAUCACAGAUGUUGUCAACGUCAAUGAAACAUUACAGGACAAUAAAUAGUUUUACCUCUGUAUAUACCACGUCUGUAAUCUACUGAAAACAGCUGUAUUAAACGCACUGUGUUGUGGAAACAUC